AUGAGCAAGUUUGUUCUAAUUUUCCUAUUCCUGGGAUUUCUUAACUGUGAAGCACAGUAUUUCAAUCCCAACUCAUACGAUUAUUUAGAACUAGCCUUAAAGUGGCCGAACUCCUAUUGCUUGACACAUGAUGGUGGUUGCAGGGACAUAGUGCCCCAAUAUUUCACUAUUAGCUCCCUUCGUCCCAGGAAAAGAGGAGGACCUGAUAUGCAAAAUUGUCCCACGCCACUUAAUCUGCAAGAUACCACUAUUGAGGCAAACAAAAAUGACCUGUUGAAGUUUUGGCCUGAUUUGAGAACUGAUAAUUAUAUAGAAAGCAAGUCAUUAUGGAGGGAUCAAUGGAGAAGGUUUGGUUCAUGCUAUAGCAUGCUGCCAAAUGACUAUAUUGUUUAUGCAAUCAACGGCAGAAAAAGAAAUGAUCUAAAGAAAAUUCUGACUAGCGCAGGUAUUGUUGCGAGUGGAAAUCCAUAUCCAACACGUAGAAUACUGCAAGCUUUCAGGAAAGCUUUGGGUGUGAAUGUGGACAUAGUGUGUGAGCCAGACAGAAGUGGCAAUGUGUAUCUUGCUGAGGUUCAUCAAUGUGUUGAUGUUGCUGGAACAACGCCUAUAGAUUGUUACAAUAUAGCAAGAGGAUGUGACGAUGACCCCAUCUUUCCUUACAUGGGAUUUCAACCAGACAAAGAUCCCAAAUAA